AGGAUCUUAUCUGCAAGCCACGAACACUCUGUACGAGUACGGAUUACCAAGCUAAAGUUGCGCGGCAGAAUGGCAUCAGCCCCAGCCCCUCACCCUGAGUAUGAGGUCCAGAGUUUCCCAGCACCAGGACUGCGCCAGAUCGUUAGACACAUCACCGGAAAUACUGAUGAUGGCCAGUCUCGAUUCCUAGAGUCCAACAGUGGCGAGCAUUACCGCUUCAUGGUCGAGAACCGGGCGGUAGCCAACAUCAUCUAUUCUACGCAAGAAACUCCUGUUGACCUCAACGGUAACAAGGAUAUCACCUUAGCCCACGAAAAAGAGCCCCCAUUUCACUACCCAAGCGGGUCAAUACUUCGCAUGAUUGACUUCGGACCGGACGUGGAGUCCCCCUGGCACCGGGCCAUGACUAUAGAUUACGGCGUUGUAGUCGAGGGCCUAUUUGAGCUCUCUCUUGAUUCUGGCGAGAAGCGCAUCUUGCGCCCGGGCGAUGUUUCCGUUCAGCGGGCCACUCGCCACAAGUGGAAGAAUAUCCAUGGAAAUGGCACCUUGCCAAGCCGCAUAGUCUUUUUCCUUCUGGACUGCAAGGAGGUUGUUGUCGGUGGCAAGAAGGUGGAGGGCGACCUGGGUGAUUUGCACAAGGAGUAUGCGGGCCGUGGUAAUUACUGA